CAAUAUACAAAUGCUGGCUAUUUUAAUCUGAGGGGGACAUACAGCCUGUUGUCCUAACGAGGGUCUAUUGUAAGACUACAAGGCAUUUAGUGCCAAAUUAUUAAUAUCUGCAUUAUUUUGUUGAGUGUUAAACAGUUCCUUUUAAAAACGAAUAGCAUCAUGAACUCGAUGAGGGGAAUUAAUCUGGAUACAUACAGUUUGUCUCUACUUACGGCAAAAGAAGAUAUACUGAAUCCACGUUCCUCAACAAACUGGGCUUUGUUUGCCUAUGACGGUAUAAUGAACAGGCUCAAGCUGGCUGACUCUGGAGUAGGUGGAUUGGAAGAGUUGAAGACUAAAUUCCACCCUAGAAGAGCACUUUAUGGGAUGUGCAGUGUAGGCAAAUCUCAACCCCGCAACGUUAUGAUAUUAUGGUUAGGGAAUGAGGUGGAUGAGUACCGCAAAGCUGAGUGUGCCAGUCAUUUGCCAGCAAUUAGGGCCUUCUUUAAGGAAGUUCACAUCUUUCUUCCUGCACAUACUAUGGAUGAAAUCACAGAAGAGAGGAUUUGUACACUGGCCUGUAAGGCUACAGUGAUGAUGCAGGUGCCGAGAGGGAGACAUGGCCUCCGGCGGGAAGACAGAGAGGAGGUUGUGGGCACAAAUUACAAGAGAACAAUCGCAGCAGCAGAGAUUCUGAGACUGCGGAGAGAUUCUUUCUGGGCGCAAGCAGAGAAAGAAGAGGAGGAAAGGAAGAACGAGGAACAGCGGAGGGCAGUAGAGGACAGGAGACAGAGGGAGAGAGAGAGAAUACAUCAGGAAAAGAGAGAGGCAAUGGAGAGAGAGAGGAAAAUGAAUGAAAAAGAACAGAAAUUUCAGGAGCAGAGGAGAAUACAGGCCACAAUGGAGGCAGAGGCACACAGACAAGAAAGAAUAAAAUGGGAGCUCCAGGAAAGAGAGCAUAAGGAACGUGAAAUGAAGGCUCGAUAUUCACAGGCUGACUCAGAGGAGAACACUGCUCAGGAGGCAGCAGCUCUUGUGUCUCAGCGUGUUACAAACUCCAGAGAGUUCUUUAGACAGCUAUCUUCCUCAUCGGGUGUCCAGCCAUGUUCCAAUCCCGGCUCACAAUACCCAGUAGCCAGGAGUACUUAUAGACGACUGCAUCGCAGUCAGACAGACAGUGUCUUCAUUUUCAAAGAGUCUUCAUCAUACACGCCAACAUCGCCAGUGGCAUCCCCUUACUUUCCAUCAACACCAAAAUACCAGAGCCCACCACAUGUUUUCCCUAGUCCAACAAUGGAUUCUAAAAGUCUCUCAGAGAAGAAUUUCCCCACAGAUCAUUCAUUGGUAUCUUCCAAUAGCCAUAUCCAUCCAUCUUCACUAAAGCUGAUGGAGUCAUCCAAUGUAUCCACUUUACAGCUCCAACCUCAACCAGCACAAUUAACUAAUGCAACUGAAUCCGAAAUAAAAAACCCUAUCACUGCCAUAUUAGACAGUUUUGUCUUUUACCCAUCACAACCAACCACUGACAUGCUCCAAUCAAAUAACCAGGGAACAGAUGAAUCGGUUGAAUUUCCUUCACCUCCCUCUGGUCUUGAAUAUUCCCCAGAACCAUCUAUACACCUGUCUAAGAUGCAAACUUCUAUGCAAACCCAACUUGAUAUCAGUCUGACUCCACAGACUAUUUCAGAUCCACCUGUCUUCUCCUCAGAUCUUCUUACAUCCUCUCUUCCUCAGAUAUGUCCUUCUUCACUGGACACAUCAUGUGUCUUGGUUUCUCAGCCCCCAUCUAGACCGCUUCCUGCCCUACCUGUCACCCCACGAUUGUUAAAAGACCUGGAACCAGAGAGAGAAUUCACUGCCCGGGCCUCAGUUAUAACCAUGGUUGUGGAGGAGGAGGAUGUGAAUGAAGAGAGUAAAGAGAAGGAUGGAGAGAGUGAUGAGGAGAAAAGGUUAAAUGAGGAGAGAGUGAGUGAGAUAACAUAUGAGGGAAAAGGGGAAACUAAGGAGAAACAUGGAGUGAGAGGGUGUCAGGAGGGAGGGAAGAGAAGUAGAGAACAAAUAGUUGAAGAGAGUGACAGUGGAGAGUACAGGAAUGCAGGACAGCAGAAACAAGAUGGAAAGAUUACAGAAAAACUUGAGAGUGAAAAAGUACCGUAUAGGAAAAUUCUGGAAGAAUAUGAGAGUGAAAAUAUGCAAGAUGGGAAAAUAAUUGAAGAAAUUGAGAAUGAAAAAGAACAAUAUGGAAAAAACAUGAAAGAAUUUGAGAGUGAAAAAAUUAAAGAUAAGAGUGAAGAAGAACAAGAUGGGAACACCAUGGAGGUACAUGAGAUUGAAAAAGAAAGAGACUGGAAAAGUAUGGAAGAAUGUGAAAGUAAAACAGAACAAGAUGGAAAAACAGUGGAAGAAUCCAACAAAGAACAGGAACAAGUUGAGGAAAUUAUGAAAGAAUUUGAGAGCGAAAAAGAACAGGAUGGGAAAACAAUUGGAAAAUUUGAAAAUGAAAAAGAACAAUGUGUAAAAAACAUGGAAGAAUUAGAAAGUGAAAAAAUACAAGAUGGGAAUAUCAUGGUAGAAUAUAAGAGUGAAGAACAAGAUGGGAACACCAUGGAGGUACAUGAGAUUGAAAAAGACAAAGAUUGGAAAAGUAUGAAAGAAUGUGAAACCAAAAAAGAACAGGAUGGGAAAACAAUGGGAGAGUUUGAGAAUAAAGAAGAACAAUGUGGAAGAAACAUGAAAGAAUUAGAAAGUGAAAAAAUACAAGAUGGGAACACCAUGGAAGCACAUGAGAGUGAAAACAAUGAAGAAUGGAAAAGUGUGGAAGAAUGUGAGAAUAAAAAAGAACAAGAUGGAAAAACAGUGGAAGAGUCCAACAAAGAACAGGAACAAGUUGAGGAAAUUAUAAAAGAAUUUGAGAACGAAAAAGAACAGGAUGGGAAAACAAUUGGAGAAUUUGAAAAUGAAAAAGAACAAUGUGUAAAAAACAUGGAAGAAUUAGAAAGUGAAAAAAUACAAGAUGGGAAUAUCAUGGUAGAAUAUAAGAGUGAAGAACAAGAUGGGAACACCAUGGAGGUACAUGAGAUUGAAAAAGACAAAGAUUGGAAAAGUAUGAAAGAAUGUGAGACCAAAAAAGAACAGGAUGGGAAAACAAUGGGAGAGUUUGAGAAUAAAGAAGAACAAUGUGGAAGAAACAUGGAAGAAUUAGAAAGUGAAAAAAUACAAGAUGGGAACACCAUGGAAGCACAUGAGAGUGAAAACAAUGAAGACUGGAAAAGUAUGGAAGAAUGUGAGAAUAAAAAAGAACAAGAUGGAAAAACAGUGGAAGAGUCCAACAAAGAACAAGUUGAGGAAAUUAUAAAAGAAUUUGAGAACGAAAAAGAACAGGAUGGGAAAACAAUUGGAGAAUUUGAAAAUGAAAAAGAACAAUGUGGAAAAAACAUGGAAGAAUUAGAAAGUGAAAAAAUACAAGAUGGGAACACCAUGGAAGCACAUGAGAGUGAAAACAAUGAAGACUGGAAAAGUAUGGAAGAAUGUGAGAAUAAAAAAGAACAAGAUGGAAAAACAGUGGAAGAGUCCAACAAAGAACAAGUUGAGGAAAUUAUAAAAGAAUUUGAGAACGAAAAAGAACAGGAUGGGAAAACAAUUGGAGAAUUUGAAAAUGAAAAAGACCAAUGUGGAAAAAACAUGGAAGAAUUAGAAAGUGAAAAAAUACAAGAUGGGAACACCAUGGAAGCACAUGAGAGAGAAAAUGAUGAAUAUUGGAAAAGUGUGGAUGAAUUUGAGAAUAAAAAAGAACAAGAUGAGGAAAUUCUAAAUGAAUCUGAGAGCAACAUAAUACAAGAUGGGAAAAUCGUGGAAGAAUCUGAAAAUGAAAAAGAACAAGAUGGGAAAAUUAUGGAAAAUUGUGAGGGUGAAAAAGACAGUAGGGAGAGAGGGAAUAACCAGGAGGAAAACGGCCAAACUUUGUUGAAACAUAGCAAAGAAAAGCUAAGGGUUGACAUAGACGGGACAAGGAAUUUGACAAUUCUAAAGAAAGAGUCAGAAAGAGAGACCAUAGUGAGGAACGAGGCAGUAGAUGAAGGGAACAUUGAGAAGAUUGAUAAAGGAAAUGAAAAAGAAGAAAGGAAUACAUCACUAAUCAAGACAGUGGAAGCUGUAGAGGUUAAUCUUUUGGGGGAACAUCCUUCCAUUGCAUACAAAGAUGUGGAUGAAUCCUUUGCUGAGACACUUUUCUCUCAACAUGCAUCACACUUCAGCGAAUUCAAUGCUAUCAAACCAUCUCAAUACAAUCACACAUCUCUUCCUGAAAGUAUAUCAACAAAUCAAGUUGAAAAUGAGCCUCAGAUGAGUUCGAUAGAUAGCUCAUGCCUAAUCACAGACAUGCAAAUAAGCUUACCAACCAUUCAGGACAAGUCAGAUCUUUUCAAAUUAAUAAUUCAAAGUGAUUCCCAACCAGAUGAUGUCAGAGAAGGAGAGUUUGAAUCUGAUUCCCAAGAUCUCACUCUUGAUUUUUUAACUGUAAUGUCAUGCAGUCAGGAAAGCUCAUGCCCUACUGAAGAGACCUCAAGCACCACUUUAACACAACUGACAACAGAACAGGGUCUUAAAUUAGAGGCCAUCACACAUAUGCGUAUCAGUGUGGAGGAUGUGAAGGAAAAAGAGGAAUAUAAGGACACAGAUGGAGAAAUGGGGGCUAAAAUUGUGGAUGGUGGCAAUGAUUUGGUUGAGGAAAUCAGUGCUGAGAAAAUAGCAUCACCUAUAUUUGAGAGUCAAGGCAAGACUGGACAAUCAGAUGAGGAGGAGGGGCUUGUAACUGUCCGUAAUUUCCCUGACGACCCAGAUGUAUGUAUUACUCAUCAGUCAGAUCUGGAUUCAACCAAUGAGAUGAGUAAUUUUGAAGAGGGGGAGGAGGCUAUUCCUCUCAUAGUCAAUGACACCCACACUCACAAGGUGGAGCAGAGCUCUAAAUUUGAUUCUGCCCCUGAGGUGAAUCAAUUGAACAGCAGAACAGCAGUUCUGCAGAAUGGGAAAACUGCCACAGAAACACCCAAUAACAUCAGAAAUGAUAAGAAAGCUGACGAAUCUCUUGCAAGUGGGCAAGGAAAUGAGCAUUUGGAGAUAAUUGAAAAGGCAAACUUGUGCAAUGACCCGUGCACAGCAAAUGAUUAUGGAAUAGAGGAGCCAUCAAUCAUAUGCGGACAGACAGGAGACUGUGUGGCACAUGCGUCUAUGGUACAUGAGGAAAAGUAGUAACCUUAUUGCCCCAGGAAGUCAACAGCACCAUGACAACAGUGAAUCAAUCAUAGUGGAGCGUGUUUAUGGAAAGAUGUCAAUUAGAUGUUUUCUCAGUAAAUCACUCAAUUGAUUUAGGACCAGACCUCAAACUCGCAUUUAUUCUAACAUCUGCACAGUAAUACAUUUUAUACAGUAAGUUAAGUACACACACACAGACAUGCACACAAGUCAUGGAUAACAUGUCAUGUACUAUCAAACACUUCAAUUUUACUGCAUGCAUAUAGCUUUAAUAGUGCACUAGAUAUAUUUUACUAUCAACUUUCUAAAUCACCAUUACUGUAGUUUUUGUCUGUCCAGGUCAUUAAAUAAAUCUCUGAGGGCUAUUUAUUCUUGUAGCUCAUUAUUUAUAAUAUAAUAUUAUAUACAAUAAAUUAUAUUAUAAUGUUUCCUCACAAUGUUAAUA